GAUAGGUUCCUUUGGGAAUUAUUGCUAUCCGUUCUGUAGUUCCAUUAAAAACGAAGGAAGAAGAGUUUCAAGCCUCUGAGAGCGAGACGGAUGCGACGCAUAAAAAAUCAGAUUUUUCUUCUGAUUAACGGUUUAGACUACUCUGCAAGAAUGAUACUCUAAGUUACAAAGUUAUAGGAGUUGACCUUGACUCAGAGACUAAAAGGGAGGAGAAGCGUAGGUAUGAUCAGGCAAGAUUUGCUCGUCGGUUGAAGAUGGAAGAUAAACGAAGAUUGUUGGGUGUUCUGUCCAGCGAAGAAGAUAGUUCCGAAGAAAACUCUCGGACUCCCACUAAACUGGAAAAUAUAAUAGAAUCUGGGUCUUCAUUUAUGCGAUGGCAAGAAAAAGAAAAAAUAAUAAUCAGGAUAACCGGUGUUAGGGUCCUUUCCAAGGUUGGAGGCCAAGGUGGAGAACCCAUUGUUGGUACCCUUGAAGCACAUGUACAUCGGUUCGUAUACACGGCCUCCAAUUUGAGAAUGCAAUUUAUGUUUACAGAUAUUAAAAAUGGUUUCUUCCGACUUGGGGAUGACAGGGAUGCGGCCUCUCGUACACUUUCAUUUCCGUCGCCCCAUCAAGCUAGGGAAAGAAAAGUCAAAAGAUAUUGAAUUCCAUUUGGUGCAAUGCCCUCUGGGACAGAAGAGGUCUGAUCAUGAUUCAGAUAAGAUUGAGAAAGAGAAGCGAAUCAGGCAUGGUCGCUGUAAUGAAGAUUUAAAGAACUUCGUCGACAAAGUUGAUGCUCAAUGGAGUUCACAGCCAAUAGCACCUUCUUGUCUGUUUGAUGAGCUAGAGAAGGUGUACGAAUUUUAUGGGGAUCUUCCCUCGAAGAUAUCAGCCGCAUUUGCCCUGACUUCAUUUAAUCUAAUUGUUCUUGUAGAAACACCGUUCGUUGUGUUCCCACUAAGGGACAUUGAGAUUGUCAAUCUGGCGCUGCUUAGACCUGGGAUAAUUGAUAUGACAGUCAUAUUUCAGGACUUUGAGAAGGACAAUGUGCUUCAAAUCAGUUCAAUUCCCUUGAAGUCGUUUGCUAGCAUAAAAGAUCGCCUUAACUGGGGUCAAGUGAAGUACUAUGUGAACACCGCAGAACUAGACUGGAUGGCCAUAGUGAAACGCAUAAGAGAUUUCCCCGAGAAAUAAAGGAUGGUGGAUGGGAUUACUUUGAACUCGAGGAUUCUGAUACUUUGGCCUACUACAAGGAAAUAGCAUCUGCCCCAGACUAUGAUGAAAAAUUGCUGACCAGAUAGCAGGAGAAAGGUUGAUUUUGGGCGAAAAAGUGUUGGUGUCUUUUCUGAAUGUGCAUGAUUUUAGUAACGAAGAUAUUCUCCCAAUGUGCUAGUAGAUGAGUCAUCUGUUAUUACUUAACAGAUACAGGAGCUUCUUCAUUAGCAUUUUUUUUUUGUUUCCGUGACUUUGUUAAUUUUAAUAA